UUGAGGGAGAGUUAGAUGAGUCGAAUCCAGAAACAAGACCGUCCUCUCAUCCAAUAUGACUGACACCACAUACGGAAAGUUGGUGACAUUAUUCGUCCAGGUCAUGGCGCAAUUCACGAGUCACACGAGUCCCGAAGCUUGAUUUAACGGAUUCCAUUAGUGAGAUGUGAAGACAGUUGUACCAGAUAGUUGCUAGCAUGCAGCUAAGGUUUCACUGUAGUAGACCGGUCCAUGUCCAGUAAUGAUGUUAUCUGAGAGUUUCGGCUUUGAUUUGAGCUACGGCCGUGAACUAACGCCUCCUCUGAUGGCCAGCCAGCAGUGGUCUCGAAAAAUCAUUAUGGGAUGGUAGUGCCAGUGUUUAGACAACUGCGUGCCUCUAUCCCUAUCCAAGACAGUCUGUAUAAGUGGUCCGAGCUAUAAACCACACGUUCCUCGAUCUGUCCGUCCAGCAGAAGUUCAAACUGUAUCACAUCAGGGCCAGCUUCCAUUAUACGCCAACAUAAAAAAGACUGAUCAAAUACAAUACUUCAAUCGCGAUGUCAGAUCUCCCAGCAACAUGUGUGGGCUAUCACGAAGACGACACUCCCCUGUCCAUCAGAACGAUAGGAAGCGAUUGUAAAAUCGAUGGGAUCACGACAAGCGGCAGUAGUGAUGCUGAGAAGAGGAAUGAACAGGACCAGCGCGCCUCUCUCUUCCUUGGAAAGCCAAUGAGUUUAUACCACGAAGUAGCCUUCUUCGCGGUGGUAGCGACAUCUAACUUCACCCCUCACUCAGGAUUCCAUCAGACACUUUGCAUACUACAACUUAUCGCAGCUGACCUGGGCACCACGAAACCUGCACAGCUUGUCUGGUUGAUGGCUGGAUAUGGCCUCACUGUUGGGACGUUUAUUCUUCUUGCGGGGAGGUUAGGCGACAUCUACGGCUACAAGCGACUCUUUCUUAUUGGUAAUGUCUGGUUUGCAUUAUCCUCACUCCUAGCUGGUUUGGCCGUAUUUAUACCCAUACAGGCUUCGGGGUAUCACCAAACUCGUUAUGACAUCUUUUUACUGGGUCGGCUUCUCCAAGGUAUUGGGCCUGCGUUGAUGAUCCCCAAUGGAGUUGCUCUUCUAGGCGUGACUUACGUGCCAGGCCCAAGAAAGGCCAUGCUGUUCGCCAUAUUCGGUGCCAUGGCUCCCGCCUCCGCGAUUAUCAGUCCGGCAGUCACAAGCUUAUUCGCUUUACUUUGGUGGCCCUAUGCAUUCUGGGCUUUCUCCGUCGUGUUGAUUGGGAUCACACUGGCCGGUCUGUUCGUGAUCCCAGAUUCCUUGAAUUCAGGUCUCAGGUGUGAAGAGAAUGCUGACUCGGUCCGGAACCGUCUUGGAUUUGUCGAGCUAUGUGCAGAACUUGAUGUUCUAGGGGCUUUGACCGGCGUCUCGGGUCUAAUUUCCAUCAGUGUAGCUUUGAACCAAGGCUCAUUAGCUGGUUGGAGGAAUGCGUAUGUGUCAGCUUUGUUGCUGGCUGGUAUCCUGCUCUGUGCGAUUUUCGUCUUUGUGGAAAAACAUGCUCGCAAACCCCUCAUUCCCCUUGAAGCUCUUAACAUCGGUGUUGGCUUCGUUUUAGCUGCUAUUGGUUGCGGUUGGGGCUGCUUCGGUAUAUACAUUUUUUAUAUCUGGCAAUUCUACGAGGUACUUCGUGGGGCCUCGCCACUUCUUGCCACGGCCUGGCACAGUCCGAUCAUUGUAUCCGGUGUUGCGGCUGCCUUGACUACGGGCUUUAUCAUACAUCGAGUCGGACCUGCGGUUGUAAUGGCGCUUGCUCUUCUAGCCUUUACGGUUGGCAUUACGCUGAUUGCUACGACUCCCAUUAGCCAGUCGUAUUGGCUACAAACAUUCUUCUGCAACAUCAUUAUCACUUGGGGCAUGGACCUAAGCUUUCCUGCUGCUACACUCAUGCUUUCGGAUCUUGUGGCACCGGAACACCAGGGCAUUGCAGCUAGCCUUGUCACAACUGUUGUCAAUUAUAGCGGCGCUCUCGCCCUCGGUUUCGCUGGUGCUAUAGAACUUCAUGUCAACGACGGCGGACUGGAACCGGAGAGUUUACUCAAAGGCUAUAAAGGCGCUUGGUAUCUAGGCAUCGGCCUAGGCGCCACGGGAUUCCUUAUAAGCCUUGCAUUCGUGUGGCGGCUCUCGAGGUCAGUUCGAGCUACAUCCUAAGAAAGUUCAUGUGAAAUCGAGCAGUGAACAUGCCAUUUUGUGACAAUUCCUGGCCUGGAAUAUUCUCAAGUGUCAAGGUACCGAAGAUUAGACUGCGUUCAAGUGGGCGCACAACAUCCUCACGGAUAUGAUAACUUCUCUUUUAUUUAGAUAGACGUCUCAUAUACACUGAGAUCAUAUUACAUUACUCCUCAGCUAUACAAUCUCUUGAUGUAUCUAUAUGAACCUUUCCUGGCACUUAGUAUAGAAGCAACCUUUCCUUAUUUUUAACCGCAAGCAUUUGUACACUAGCAUUCGCCUCCUAUCGACAAUCCGAGUAUCAAGUCGAAAAACCACUGCCCGUGUGGGUUUCACCACCACUAUCUAGAUGCCUAUUGGUCUUCUUACGAGCCCUUAGAAUACAAAGAGGUCGGUUUCAACCUUGCCUACCCAGCGUUACGCAUAACAGGCUUUCAACAAGCACAUGUACAAGACAUGAGACAAAA